UUGAAAAGGGAGUUCUGCCAUUUGAAAAGAGAGUUCAGCCAUUUUAGGCAUUUUCAAAAACAGUAGUUCAACGUUCAAACAUCAAUAGCGCAGUCAAUAUUGCAUGGAAAUUCAACUUUAAUAUAUGAAAAUCAAUUAUCAUUAUUUCGUUGCGAUAGCUUUUACGUUUUUUUUGGACACCCUGUAGUAUUUUUUAUUUUUUCAUUUAUAGGUAGCAUCGUGUUCAGGCGAUGGUGUUGUCCAUUAUAAUGAUGUCAACAGUCAUUUAUCUUACGGGACCAAUCCUUUUCGUUGCCAUACUGGAACGACAUACGAGGUAUUAAAUCCUGGAGGUUCAGUAACGAUCAUCUCUUAUUCAUCCGGUGUUACUACAGGAGGAAACCUAAACUAAACUAACUUUAUUUAUACUGGAUAGCUCGAUCAGUGCUAAACUGUUCUUCCUAGAGGUGCAGUAAGGAUCAUCUCUUAUUGAUUCAGUGUUACUACAGGAGGAAACCCAAACUAAACUAACUUUAUUUAUACUGGAUAGCUCCAUCAGUUCUAAACUGUUCUCCCUAGAGGUCCAGUAAGGAUCAUCUUUUAUUGAUCCAGUGUUACUACAGGAGGAAACCUAAACUAAACUAACUUUAUUUAUACUGGAUAGCUCUAUCAGUUCUAAACUGUUCUUCCUAGAGGUCCAGUAAGGAUCAUCUCUUAUUGAUCCAGUGACAUUACAGAAGGAAACCUAAACUAAACUAACUUUAUUUAUACUGGAUAGCUCUAUCAGUUCAAAACUGUUCUUCCUAGAGGUCCGGUAAGGAUCAUCUCUUAUUGAUCCAGUGUUACUACAGGAGGAAACCUAAACUAAACUAACUUUAUUUAUACUGGAUAGCUCUAUCAGUUCUAAACUGUUCUUCCUAGAGAUCCAGUAAGGAUAAUCUUUUAUUGGUCCAGUGUUUCUACAGGAAGAAACCUAAACUAACUUUAUUUAUACUGGAUAGCUCUAUCAGUUCUAAACUGUUCUUCCUAGAGGUCCAGUAAGGAUCAUCUUUUAUUGAUCCAGUGUUGCUACAGGAGGAAACCUAAACUAAACUAACUUUAUUUCUACUGGAUAGCUCUAUCAGUUCUAAACUGUUCUUCCUAGAGGUCCAGUAAGGAUCAUCUCUUAUUGAUCCAGUGUUACUACAGGAGGAAACCUAAACUAAACUAACUUUAUUUAUACUGGAUAGCUCUAUCAGUUCUAAACUGUUCUUCCUAGAGGUCCAGUAAGGAUCAUCUCUUAUUGAUCCAGUGUUACUACAGGAGGAAACCUAAACUAAAUUUAUUUAUACUGGAUAGUUCUGUCAGUUCUAAGACUAGGAAAUUAAAUUGAAAUGUUAUUUUCAGGUGAACACAACCCCAGGGGAUCCGCACACCUUCAUGUCUUCUGGUGAAGAUGGUACAAUACGUUUGUUUGAUGUACGAAGUAAGACAAAGUGUUUAUGUGACGGUUGCAAAGAGGUACUGUAUAUCAAUGUGUUUUUUUUAAAGAUAUACCAGAUAGGGCUUUUGUUAUCCGGCCCGAUAUGCCGGGUACUUAAAAAAUAUCCGGCCAGCUAGGCAGCUACCAGAUUUACUGAUCAACUCGAAAGUUUAUGCUCCUUUGAUCACUAUGCACCCUUCACCUUAUUAAAUUAACUUGAAAUUAUUAAUUCAAAGCAUAAUCAUUUGUAAAGUUUUAUAUACAUUUUCCUUGUUUUGUAAAUAGUGCAGUUUCUGAAUAAAUCUUGAAAUCUUGAAAUCUAGAUGAUUUUGAUAUAUGGUUUGGGUUUUUAUUUACGGUAAAAUAAUGAUUUUUUGGAGCACUUCUGUAAGAAUUUCUCUGUUUCUUUAGGAUGUACUGAUAGACUGUCAGAAAGCAGUCACGUCGUUCAGUGUUAAUCCAGUUCAACCUUAUUACGUCGCCAUUGGCUGUGAGAAUAGUUUGUUACGAGUUUAUGAUCGACGAUCACUGAGUACAGGCGAGCCAGGCAAGGAACAUGACAAACAGCGUGGUCUAUUGUAUCAGUUCAAACCAAAAGCGUUAGAGAAACGGGAUUGCAGAGUGACCUCGCUCAAAUACAGGUAUGUUGAAAUAGGUUGGUGUUACUAAGUAAACACUAUCGUGCAGCAGAUAGUGGUCAACCUGCAGUUAUCAGAGUGAGAAAAUAAUCUUAAAUCUUGUAUUUGGAGGAAAAUAAAUAGAAUUGUUAUUUAAUUUGCUUCAUCCUGUAGUAACACUAGAUCAAUAAGAGAUGAUCUUUACUGGACCUCUAGGAAGAACAGUUUAGAACUGAUAGAGCUAUCCAGUAUAAAUAAAAUUAGUUUAGUUUAGGUUUCCUCCUGUAGUAACACUGAAUCAAUAUGAGAUGAUCUUUACUUGACCUCUAGGAAGAACAGUUUAGAACUGAUAGAGCUAUGCAGUAUAAAUAAAGUUAGUUUAGUUUAAGUUUCCUCCUGUAGUAACACUGAAUCAAUAAGAGAUGUCUUUACUGGACCUCUAGGAAGAACAGUUUAGAACUGAUAGAGCUAUGCAGUAUAAAUAAAGUUAGUUUAGUUUAGGUUUCCUCCUGUAGUAACACUGGAUCAAUAAGAGAUGAUCCUUACUGGACCUCUAGGAAGAACAGUUUAGAACUGAUAGAGCUAUCCAGUAUAAAUAAAGUUAGUUUAGUUUAGGUUUCCUCCUGUAGUAACACUGGAUCAAUAAGAGAUGAUCCUUACUGGACCUCUAGGAAGAACAGCUUAGAACUGAUAGAGCUAUCCAGUAUAAAUAAAGUUAGUUUAGUUUAGGUUUCCUCCUGUAGUAACACUGGGUCAAUAAGAGAUGAUCCUUACUGGACCUCUAGGAAGAACAGUUUAGAACUGAUAGAGCUAUGCAGUAUAAAUAAAGUUAGUUUAGUUUAAGUUUCCUCCUGUAGUAACACUAGAUCAAUGAGAGAUGAUCCUUACUGGACCUCUAGGAAGAACAGUUUAGAACUGAUAGAGCUAUCCAGUAUAAAUAAAGUUAGUUUAGUUUAGGUUUCCUCCUGUAGUAACACUGCAUCAAUAAGAGAUGAUCCUUACUGUGGACCUUUAGAGAAAACAGUUUAAGUAUAUUAAUAGAAGUUUAAGGUUUAUAAAAUUUAAAAUAGUGGUUCUUGUUGCUUUUUUAGUUCAGAUGGUGAGAAUCUUCUUGCAAGUUAUUGUUCGGACUAUGUGUAUCUCCUCGACUCUAUCCCUAAGCAGGCGGAUCAAUUGCAGCGAGGCAUGGAGGACGAGACAGAUGGGCCAUGCCCGAACACAGGCAACGAUCCACCAAUGAAACGACUGCGCUUGCGCGGGGACUGGUCGGACACGGGGCCGAAUGCCCGGCCAGAGGGUGAAGAACCCGGUGCUAGUGAAGAUAACUUCGUGCAACGCAUGUCGGGAUACUUCACAAGAUGGAUCGAGGAGUCGAUACGGAAUGCACGAAGACAACGGCGACGAAAUCCGACUGGAUCGCGAAGACGUCCCGAAGGUGAUACGGAGGAUCACGAAGACGAUCCGGAGCAAAGCGAUGAUGGUGAGAACUCUGAAACGUUGGAGAGCGCAUUACCUUUGACAGAGGAAAGUUGUGAUGAGCAAAGGACUCAGACCGAUUCAGAUAGUGACGUCACUGAGACUAACGAUGACGUCACUGGAAAUAAAGAUGGCGUCACUGAAACUAGCAAUGACGGCACUGGAAAUAAAGAUGACGUCACUGAAAAUAUGGAUGACGUCGCUGGUAAUGACAGUGACGUCACUAAUAGUCCCGUUGAUGUCGCCAACCAUCAGAAUAACGUGACGCAAAAAGGAGAAAAAGUUCCUAAUCGUUCUCAUAAUGUGAAUGACGCAUCAGAAUGUAAGAAACCAAGAGACGUGAAUUUUUCACGUGAUUCUAGUUGCAGAUCACGUGACGGUGGCGACGUCACCAAUAGCAAUUCUAAUGAUACGAGAACAUAUUAUGAAAAUCAGGCACGAAGCAAGAAUCUUUAUAGAAAUCGACGUCGCAAACGAAAUAAUGCCUCCGACGCGAUCAAGAGUGAGGACAACACAGUUCGAAAUAGGAGCGAGAAUACUGAGUCACGUGAUCAGAUGACGUCAUGUGAUGAUGGUAUCCAUGACAACAUGACAUGUAACCAUAGUAAUGAGAUGCGUGAUGGUGAACUAGAUAGGGAUCCCUGUGGGGGAGCAAAACUACAAUCUGAUGCUUCAAGUAUCCGGGAAACUAAACCCCCGGAGAAUGAACCAUCACCGGCGAUAAGUUCAAGGGGAUUGUCACCUACCCGGAAUUUAUGUUCUGAGACACAAAAUGCAGAAGUUGGUAUUCCAACAUGUGAUGAUAACACUGGAAUUUUCUCAACUGAAACUGUGGACUUGGAAACUGUAACCACGGGGUCUGACACAAUGGAUUCUAGUUGUUCAUUGUUAGAUUCCACUACCCAAGAGAGUCAGAAUAGCAGUUAUGAAAAUUUGGAAUCAGAAGCGCUAGGGUCAAAUUGUGAGGGAUUAUCACCCGAUGGGGAUAAUAAUAAUCUAGCUAAUGAAAGGACACAAAUUGGUACGAGGAGAAAUGAACCCUCGGAUAUUGAAAGCUCAGAAAAUAGUUCGGCACCGGGGAUUAGUACUAGGGUAACAAUCCCCUUUGGUACGAAUACCCGGGGGUCUGAAACACCCACCAUGGAAACUGGACCUGCAGAAACAGCUUCGGGAAAUCACGAAGAAACCGUCGGCGAAUCUUCGAGAUCUGUCGGGGAUGACUCGAGACGCGAUGCCGCGGCUUCGACUAUUCAGAAUUUCUUCCGGUUUCGUGUGAAAAAAGAUUUUCAGUCAAUUCCAUGUGAUUUUCCCAUUCACUCGAAUGUGAAGCAAGUUUUCAAAGGACAUAGAAACGCUCGUACAAUGGUAAGUUUAAUGAAUAGGAUGACGUUAUUUCUGUGUUGGUGUAAUGUACUCAGGUGAAUAAGAUGCUUGUGAUGUUACUCUGAGUGUAUAUCCACACCGGGCAAGCUUGAAAAAUAUGCCUGGCCACGGUGGGAAUCGAACCUACGACCUUUGGAACACUAGCCCAAUACUCUGUCAACUGAGCUACGCGGAACCGACCUGACCUGAUCUUAAAUGAAUAAUAUAUUAUGUAGAUGUCUUCUUACGAUUUUAUUGUAUGUAUAUGUAUAGAAAUUUAUAAAUUAUUAUAGUAGUUUAUAAAUUUUAAAUUUUUGUAUAAAGCUUCAUGCAAUUCAGCCGAAAGGCUGCCAUAUGAUUCUAAUAAACGGUCUAUCUAUCUUGAUAUACUACUUGAUGUUUUUAUUAGAUCAAGGAAGCGAACUUCUGGGGAGAUGACUACGUUCUCAGUGGUAGCGACUGUGGUCGUAUUUUUAUCUGGUCAAGAAAGACGGCUGAAGUGGUCAUGCUGCUCGAAGGCGAUCAACAUGUUGUCAACUGUGUUCAACCUCAUCCGUGUGCACCGAGUGAGUAUUAGUUUUGAAAAGGUGUUCAUUUUAAUCUACUCCACUCAGCGAUGCCACUUAAAGGGCAUAUGACUCGAAAAUUGACGUUGUUAUUUUUUUACUCUUUUUUUCAGAUAGGUCAUUGAAAACUGUAGAGUAACUUCUUUGAUUGAUUUUUGUUUUCUUGCUUCGUUUUGGAGAUAUUUCAUUUUGUAUGAUACACAAAGGACCAACUUCUGAAAAGCGCACUAAAAGCUGUAUAUCUUUAAAAUACUACUAAACACAAUCAGUAGAAAACCUACAUGGGUGUUGUUGUGGACAAAUCUCGUGCUCAUCAUUCAUUUUGAGCGAAUUUAUUUGAUUGUGACAAAAUUAUAUAACAUUUUAAAGUAAAUCAUUAUGCAUAUGUGACGUAGAAAGUUGAUCCUUUGCAUAUCAUACAAAAUGAAAUAUCUCCAAAACGAAGCAAGAAAACAAAAAUCUGUCAAAGAAGCUACUUUAUAGUUUUCAAUAAUCUUUCAAAUUAGACUAAAAAAUAACACCGUCAAUUUUCGAGUCAUAUCCCCUUCAACCUAUUUGUACCACUUGCGAUUGGGCCAACUUGGACACAAAAGUUGGUUGCCCGGAAUAAAAUUCACUUGGCAUCAGGUCUAGUUUUGCUCUCGUAUUAGCAAAAUUUGAUGAAUUAAGAGGCAAUUUUGUUCUUCUCAAAAUUACUUUGUUUUAGCUUUAUUUUGUAGUUUACACAGCUCUGGCGGUUGAGAAACAGAAAAUAAUAGUUAAAUAUUGUCAAUUUAAAUACAAUUAUCAUUGAUGCUGUAACAUUGACGCCAUAUUUAUACAGCAAUAUAAGCAAAACUUAACUGAACUUCAGACAUCAUUUUCUCUUUGGCGUACCAUCUAAAAUCUCUUCAUUUUAGCAUUAUUUUACAGAUAAAGCAAUAAACAUAUUUUAAAGUUUGUUUUCCGCUUGAGAAACGUAUUAAAAACUGUUUCGAGAAACAUGUUGUUACAUGUCAACCAUAUUUGUUUCGUGGUACUGGAGGAGGAAGAUUAUUGAAAUUAUUUUUCAUUUUCUUGUUAGUGCUAGCUACGAGUGGCAUCGACUACGAUAUCAAACUAUGGACUCCAACAUCUUCGAAUGUUUGCCCUCUCGAAAAUGCACAUGAGGUACGACAAAACUAAUUAAUGAGCCAUUUAUAUUACACAUGGUAUAACAACAGUGUAAUCCAGUCACCAAUAUCUGAUCAGAAUGUUCCAUUGUUUUGAAAAUCCUACUGUUUUCCAUGCCAUCCAGUCGUAAUCCAGUGAUCGGAAUGUCGCAUUGUCUUUUCAUUGUUUUGAAAAUCUCACUGUUCUCCAUGCCAUCCAGUCAUGAUCCAGUGAUCAGAUUGUUCCAUUGUCUUUUCAUUGUUUUGAAAAUCUCACUGUUCUCCAUGCCAUCCAGUCAUGAUCCAGUGAUCAGAAUGUUCCGUUGUCUUUUCAUUAUUUUGAAAAUCUCACUGUUCUCCAUGCCAUCUAGUUUUGAUCCAGUGACCAGAAUGUUCCAUUGUCUUUUCAUAAUUUUGACUAAUAUUAAACACUUUUCCUAAUUUAACUUUGUAUAAAUAUUUUCAGGUAAUUGCACGAAAUGAGAGAAUGUUGCGAGAAAGUCGUGAUACCCUGACUGUCCCUGCUUCGUUUAUGAUCAGAGUAUUGUCAUCACUUCAUAGAGUUCGCUUUAAUGGUAAGCUGCUUUUGGCGGUGGAUCUUGUCCGAUUAGCUACUUAACUGUCGAAAACUUGUGUACGAACUUAACUAUGGUCUGAAAAUCAAGCACACAACUAACCUACGACAACAUACUUUACAGAUUGAAUUUUACGGCACACCUUCAAAUCAUAUUUGAAGGUGUGCCGUAAAAUUCAAUCUGUAAAGUAUGUUGUCGUAGGUUAGUUGUGUGCUUGAUUUACACAGUACAACUCAAGUUGUAAGCAGGUUGCACGCGAGUCUCAAUCGAUCUUAAGAUUCUUUAUUGCUUCUAGGAAAUUUCUUAGUAUAACAAGAAAACCCAGCCACAAUCGUGUACACAACUUGUUCAUAAAAUUUUAAUUUGCCUCUGUGAGAAUAUAAAUUCUAGUUGGGUUUCUGUACCUUGCCUAAAAUAUCCACCCCCCUUUCCCCAAGACAAUGUUGCUGAAUUACGUUUGAAGUGCGGGGCAAAUAAUGGCAACAUUGGGUGGGGGAGGGGGGGGGCAAAAUCCUACAUCAAGUUAGUUAAAUUUGUUUUCCUAAAAUUUCGAUCUAUUUUGUUAACAGUUUUGUUCUAAAACAGACAUACUUCUCUUCAACAAGAAUCACUCGUUUAAUUGCUUAUAUGCAACGAAAUUUCAAACUAUGGUUUUUUGUUAUGAUUGGUUUUUAAAGAACAAUUAUUUAAAAUGGCUCAUAUAGAAUACUUUGCCAAAUUCUCUUAUAAUUAAAUAUUGUCAAUUUACACUUAACAAAUAUAAAACAUUUUCCGUGUUGAUAUACAGUUAUAUCAACACGAGUGGAAAUUGGGAAAGCGAGAAAUUGUAUGGAAACGCAACGCCCGAAGGGCGGAGUAUUUUCAUACAAUUUCGAGUUUUCCCAACUUCCACGAGUGUUGAUAUAACUAUAUAUCAAUACGGAAAAAAUGUUUUAUAUUUUUUUUAUAAUAUAGCAAUGUCAAAAGCUCGAAGGAUAAGAAAAAUUUCCGUGUUUACAAGCCGCGGAAAAUUUUCUGUGUUGACAUUGAGGUGUAUCAACACGGCUCUUAGCCAAUCAGCGUUCAGAACUUACAAAUGCUAUAUUAUAAAUACAAUUAUCAUUCAUGCUGUAAAAUUGACACCAUAUUUAUACAGCAAUACAAGCAAAAUUAACUGGCAAAGCAUCUAUUUAGUCAUUCUUUUUUUUUUACAAUGCGAUCAUAAAAAAAAACGUUGUGAAAUUUCGUUGUAUAUAAGUAAAGUGCUUCAAAAUUUCUAAAUAUAUUUUCCAGGGGGAGUCAGCGAGCAGUCAUCAGCAGAUUCAGACAGUGAUUUGGACGAGGAUUAAUAGAGCUCAUUUGGUAACCGCCAGAAAGCAUUGUACAAGGUAUUGAUUGGGCAACUACAUGCAAACGUGUUGAUAUAUCGGCUGAAAAGCGAUAAGCCAUACGGUGGCAAAUAAUCAGUCAAUGACUCCGAUAAUAUCAUAUCCAUUGGUAUUGAUACAGACCAUUUGUCCGGACCUUUUUUGAUACCCUAAAACUUACCCCGAUGAACUCACUAUAUAUCCCAAUAUACCCCUUGUGUACACCAUCUAUACCCCUGUACACACAUAUGUAUAUAUAUACCCCUGUAUACACAUAUGUACCCCUGUAUACACUUAUGUACCCUGUUGAUACAUCCCAAUAUACCCCGUAUUAUAAACUAUCGUCAUCAGCAGGCGAGUCUGAUGAACCGGUGCCAUGAAAUGUUAAUUUCCAUUGGAGUAAUAUACCCGCGGUUACAUGUCCCGACUCGGAAUUGAACCCCGGAACAAAGUCCUCUUGAAAUCCAUUAUUCACCUGAACUCUCUGGGACCCAGUCUCUUCGAGCGACUCUUGUGGGUGCGCGUCGAUGUACAUCUGUUCGCGUUUGAUCUGCGAACCUGUUACGAAGUCGUUCCGAUCGUCUUCGGGAUAUAGCGAAUCGUAAACAUCGCGUUUCACAUAAUUUCGCCUCGUCGGGUCUUCGUCGUAGCGAUACUCGGAGAUGUACGGUGGGUUUUCGUAGCCGUACGAUAUCGGCUGGCCAUAGUUGUAGUUAUUAUAGUAAGCUGAAGUGGAUUGGUUCCACAGUGGUCGCUCAGUUGCUGAAAAAACAAGAUAUCAUGUUCGGGAUGAAUAAAGCAUGCAAUUUCUGUCGCGAUAAAUUGUAAACUACAGGGGCCGGUUGUAUAAAACUCUUAAUCACUUUUUUAAUCACUAUUUUGUAGUUAAAUAGUGAUUAACUCUCAAAUACGUGCUUCUUAUUGGAUGACGUUUCCACUUAAUUAUAGUUAACUUUAAUCACUUUUUUAUACAACCGGCCCCAGGAUGUCCCAAAAAAAAACCUAUUGAAAUAACGUAUUGUUAGAAUUUGAAUGCCUCAGCUCUCUCAUGCUGAACUCACAAGUGCAUAAAAGCUUGACAUAAGUAAAUUUUAUGCAUAAAGAAACUAUUUAAGAAGCUGCUUUAAAUUCCUAACAGCAGAAAAUCGUGCGCUUUACAAAGAUUUCAAAGAAGACUUUGAAUUUCUUAAUAAGUCAAUAUUUAAUACAUGCACCCUGUCAAUAUUUUACGCAUCUUUGCGUUCAGCUUAGUGCCAGGGCAUUCAAAUUCUAACAAUACGUUAUUUCAAUAGUUUUGGGGUUUUUGGGACACCCUGUAUAGUAGAACUGUCAUUAAAUAUUUUUUGCAUUAGCUUAUUUUGUCUUCUGUGUAAAGCAGAAUAAAAAAGCUACAUUUAAGGAAACAUAUUUUCUAAUUUAAAGCGAGUCAGUCGUGUGGAAACCGAUUGUUCUUUGAACAACUUUGUGCAUAUUCAAAUGAUGUAAAUAUAUAUAUGAAUAUAAAAUAUUCAGAAAGUUCAAAAUAUUGAGUUAGGACAAGUGUUAAAAUAUGUUAUAUUAAUAUUGAAAUUUUACUUCACGAGAGAAAGACGCAAUACUCGUGAAAAUUAUCUAACACAUAUGGCACUUAAAUGGUUAACAAAAGGGAAGUGGCAAUAUAUUUUUUAUUUUCUCAUUUGAAAGAACUUUUAAGGUACUAGAUAAAACAUGAGCAGCCGAUCUGUAUCUGAUAUACAAACUCUAGCCGAAGGCGAGAGUUUGUAUAUCAGAUACAGAUCGGAUGCGAAUGUUUAAACAUUCAUUCCUUUUGUAUUUUCCUCGUGAAUUAUUAAUGAAUUUUUUAAGAUUAUAUAUAAUCCUCUUUUACCGUUUUUUCAUAUCUCGCUUACUUCUAGAAAUAUUUUGAUCGAAAGAAAUGAAAUGUCGGCCAUCUUGGAUUUUUGUAGAUAUGCAUGUUACGUCACAACAGGGGUCACGCAAUAUUUUUAUCUAGACAACUACUAAUCAUUUUGCCCUCAAAACUAUACUCUGUCUGCCCUUCGAAAUAUCAAGAUCACUCAGAACCUUUAAAACAUCUACCAAACAAUAUUUGGUGAGCAACAAAUACUGUUAUAUGGUUAAUCCCUGUUGUGACAUCACCAAAACUACCGUUAAUGAGAUAAAAAAAUUAUCCAAGAUGGCAAAUAUCUCAUUACUUCAAGUGAAAAUAUUUCAACAACUAAGCAAGAUAGGAAAAAUCGGUUAAAGAAGUUAAUAUAUAGUUUCAAAAGUUCUUCAAAUGAGAAAAUUUAUAUUGCCAUUUCUCUUUAAGAUUAUAAUGGUAUAUUGUAGUUUUUAUCCAGGGCCGUAGCAACCGGGGGGGCUGCAGCCCCCCCCCCCCCAAUAAUUUGCUAAUAAUCAUUCUUUUUUCAAAAUCAUGCAAACUUUAUCAUUUAAUCUGUGAUAAACUGCAAAGAAUGAAGAUAUUACUCAUACUCCAGAUCGUUCCUCGCGUAGAAAUUUUAGCUGAAUUUCUGUCGCGCAUUUUCAAGAAAAUCCC